GCCUCCGCCCCCUGCCUUGAGUGAGCUGGGUGUUUCCUGCCUUUCAGUCCGGAUUUGUAGACUCCGGCGUCCUCCGACUUUUCAUGGAAGAGAUGUCAGGAGAAAGUGUGGUGAGCUCAGCGGUGCCAGCAGCUGCUACCCGCACCACUUCCUUCAAGGGCGCGAGUCCUAGCUCCAAGUAUGUGAAGCUGAACGUCGGGGGAGCUCUCUACUACACCACCAUGCAGACACUCACCAAGCAGGACACCAUGCUGAAGGCCAUGUUCAGUGGCCGCAUGGAAGUCCUCACUGACAGUGAAGGCUGGAUCCUCAUUGACCGCUGUGGGAAGCACUUCGGGACAAUACUCAACUACCUUCGAGACGGGGCUGUGCCCUUGCCUGAGAGCCGCCGGGAGAUCGAGGAGCUGCUAGCCGAGGCCAAGUACUACCUGGUGCAGGGCCUGCUAGAAGAGUGCCAGGCGGCCUUACAACAGAACAAAGAUACUUAUGAACCCUUCUGCAAGGUUCCUGUCGUCACCUCCUCCAAGGAAGAACAGAGGCUUAUAGCAACUUCAAAUAAGCCAGCCGUGAAGUUGCUCUACAAUAGAAGUAACAACAAAUACUCUUACACCAGCAAUUCUGAUGACAAUAUGUUGAAGAACAUCGAGCUCUUUGAUAAACUUUCCCUGCGCUUUAACGGGAGGGUCCUGUUCAUAAAGGAUGUCAUCGGGGACGAAAUCUGCUGCUGGUCAUUUUACGGCCAGGGCCGAAAAAUUGCGGAAGUCUGUUGCACCUCCAUCGUCUAUGCCACGGAGAAGAAGCAGACCAAAGUUGAGUUCCCUGAAGCUCGCAUUUAUGAGGAGACCCUGAACAUUUUGCUGUACGAGGCCCAGGAUGGCCGAGGACCUGACAAUGCACUCCUCGAGGCCACAGGUGGGGCAGCUGGACGCUCCCAUCACCUGGACGAGGACGAGGAACGAGAACGGGAGAGGAUUGAACGAGUGCGGAGGAUCCACAUCAAGCGUCCUGAUGACCGGGCCCACCUCCACCAGUGAGCGGGCAAGUGCAAGCUGCCCUCCACCCUCCCUUUGCCCCUGCCCCUCAGACCCUGUGCAGGCUUCAGGGUACCUCCCACUUCCCCUGGAGUCUGGAGACACUUUUGUAACAAGCCAGAUGAUUAUUUUGA